CACCCUGGCGGCGGAGAGCACAACUAGCAGUGUGGGCCAGGGUCGGGAAUCAGUGUAGUGCGGUCCUUCAACAGGUGUGGAUACCAGCUGGCCUCCACAAUGCACUUCUUGAUCGUGUGUCUGGCAGCGACGUCAGCUUUGGCGUUCGAACUUGGACGAGAUGAUGCCUGUGCACUGGUGGACUGCCGUGCAGGAAGAGAGUGUGUGAUGACCAAUGGCGCCCCACACUGCCAAUGUCAAGCCACAUGCCCGGACCACUUUGCCCCAGUUUGUGGCACGGAUGACAACUCCUAUGAUAGCCACUGCUUGCUACACCGUCAUGCUUGUCUUACAGAAACGCCCAUUGGCAUCUUCCACAAGGGAUUCUGCAAGAAAGCCAAGCAAGUGAAGCCAAAGAAGAAGCCAGUUGAUGACGACGAACCAGACGUCUGCUACAGUGCCCAGCGCGAUGCCUUCUUGGUGGUGGUCAACCGUCACUGGCAGGAGACCCUAGAUUCCCAGCCGUGGCAUGUUGCUGGCAUGACCUUCCGCGAGAGUCUGUGGGGCCGUUUCUACAGCUGUGACAGGGACAGGGAUAACUAUCUGGGUACGGAUGAGCUUCUGAACUGCACAUCGUCUGCACCAUUUAGGGCUCGACCUGAACAAGAUCAAGAACUCACCAGAGCGUUGUGUGUGGAUGCCCUCAUCGAUGCAGCCGAUGUUAACCGCGACUGGCGUUUGGACUUCGAAGAAUUCACUACCAUGCUCUCUCCAGGCUAUCGUCCUCCUCAAAAGCAAUGUUCACUGGAAGGCAGUAAAUAUUACGAUGGGGAAGAUGUACAUGUUGAUGGCAACCACUGUGUAUGUGCUGUAGGCAGCUGGGUUUGCACAUCGACUCAGAGCUCAAAAGCCUCUGAAAAGGAAUUCGGUGUUCAGGAAUUCGAUAACUAUGACGACGAUGAAUAUGACUACGAUGAUGACUUGGACGAUGACGACGAUGUUGAUCCUCUUGAUGACGACUAUAAUGACCUGUUCGACGACGAGGAUGACGAAGACGAUGAUUACCUCAUCAAUGACAAGGAAGAGGAGGAGUACAUCGAUCAGCUGUUCGAGGAGAUGCUUGAGAAGCUGAGGAAACACAGGAAGGAGAGUCAUCACCACAAUCGCUUGUAAAAAAAGAAAGAAAAAAACAAAUUCUGUUUUCUUUCUGUUUUUUAUAGUUUUUUUUAAAUAUUUUUGGUAAGUUCGUGUCAUGGAAUUGUAUCUUUAUGAAUAUGCAGUAUAUGUAGUAUAAUCGUUCAUUUGGAUAGAAGUCUUGUAGUAUUACAAGAUAGCUUAGGGUAUCUUUUAAAUAGAGAUUUGGCUUGUGUUUUACAUAAGUGAUUUUAUUAGUAAAUCUUGAAUGAUAGUCUAUAUCUAAUAUGAAUUUAUUUACUGUUAAGUGAAAAUAUGCAUUUUAGAAUUAAAAUUAGAGACCUAUUGUUUGUGAAAUACGUUUAUAACUAAACUACAAACUUACUGUUGUAUGUGCAUAUAAUUCUACAUAAUAUCAAAUGAGCUUCCAGUUAAUAAUGCAACCAUUUCAUUACAUCUAACACUGAUAAAACUUUGAUAAUAUACACUAAAAAGGAAAAAAUAACAAAACUAUUUAAAUCCAGUCUGCUGUGCCAAAUGAUCUGUUGGAAGUGAAAGAAAGUGUUUCUAGUAUAUGCUUUGGUACACUAAUGAUUUUAGAAAAAAUAACUAAAUUUUGUAUUGUGUACAUCUUUAUAUUUCUAAUUGCUAAUGAUUAUUAUAUACUUUAUUUAUCGUAAAAUUUCAAAAGGCUAAAAAAAAGUUUAUAUUUUAUAUGAAUAAAUUCUUACCACAU